CCGCUCCUCUCCGCCGCUCCAGUACGCGAUGGAGCCCCGGACAUAGCACACGGGACUCUGGCACUCUCUUUACGCGUGUUGGCUGGUAAGUCUGCUGCCUCGACUAUCGUUAACUGGUCAUCAGUCGAUGCCGUUUCCAGGUGUAUAGAUGCUCCCGGACAGACUGCGGUGGGACAGUGCCUCAUCAUGUGAUUCCUUACAGAGUGAAAGACAGCCGUCCGAUGCGUAACGAAGAAAAUCUUAACUUAACCAAAAGGAGUCUGAUUCCCGACUGGAAGUGCUCCUCACCAGAGGUUCUAAUGUGGAACUGCAGGAGGAGGUUGCAUGGCAGGAGAGCCGCUCAGAGACAACCUUAGAGAGCAAGAAUGAAAAUAAGAUGUGCCUACUACACACAUAGAUUGAGACACAGGUGCUUCCUGUUUUCUCUGUCUCUGCUGGCGGUGUGUCUGCUCAAGCUGGUCUACAUUAAAGUGACAGUGAGGGACAGCGUCUACAUCGAGCCCUAUGGAAUCUCCGUCAGCUUAUCCAGAAGGUACGACAUCAACUGCACCGCCAUCUACGAGCUGGACCCUGUGGAGAUAGGCAAAGCUCUGGAGAUAAAGCGUAAAGUUAUUGUUGACGUGGACGAUGAUAGCACUGUGAGUUUGACCUCCGACUGCCAAACGUUUAUCAGAACAAGAGGAUACCAUGAGGCUCCAGUGUCGAAUGCAGAGCGCAGCUUCCCAUUGGCUUACUCCCUGGUGGUGCACAAGAAUGCACCCAUGGUGGAGCGGAUUCUCCAUGCCAUCUAUGCACCUAGUAACAUCUACUGCAUCCACUAUGAUCAGAAGUCCUCCCCGGCGUUCAUAAAGGCCGUUACCAACCUGGCUCGGUGUGUUCCAAAUGUGUUCAUCGCCUCAAAACUAGAGUCUGUGCAAUAUGCCCACAUCAGCAGGCUGAAUGCUGACCUAAACUGCCUCUCUGACCUGCUAAAGUCAGAGGUCAAGUGGAAGUAUGUUAUCAACCUGUGUGGCCAGGACUUUCCUCUCAAGUCCAACUAUGAGCUGGUGAUGGAGCUGAAGCAGCUGAACGGCAGCAACAUGCUGGAGUCCAGCCGGCCCAGUGAGCUCAAGAAGCAGCGCUACAGCUUCAAACACCAGCUGAAAAAUGUGCCUUAUGAGUACCGUCGUCUUCCUGUCAAAACCACAGCGCUCAAAGAUGUCCCUCCUCACGGUAUCGAGAUGUUCAUCGGGAGUGCAUAUUUUGUCCUCUCACAGGAUUUUGUGAACUACAUUAGCAGCAGCCAGGUGGCAAAGGACUUCCUGGCUUGGUCAGCUGACACAUACUCUCCAGAUGAACACUUCUGGGCCACCCUGGUCAGGGUCCCCGGGGUGCCAGGACACAUUCCCCGAUCAGAGGCUGACGUUACAGAUCUGAGGAGUAAGACACGACUAGUCAAAUGGAACUAUUUAGAAGGGAAUCUUUACCCCGCCUGCACGGGGACACACAUGCGGAGUGUUUGCAUCUACGGAGCAGCGGAGCUGCGCUGGCUCCUGAACUAUGGACACUGGUUUGCUAACAAAUUCGACCCCAAAGUGGACCCGAUUCUGAUCAAGUGUUUGGAGGAGAAGCUGAUGGAAAAACGUCAAAACGUGCAAACAUGAUACCCAAAGGAAAAGCAAAUGAGAGGAGGGAGUAGGUCCAGUAUUUAUUAUAUUAUAGACAAAGGUGCAAAUUGACAUCAGAGUACAUGGACUUAUUUGUUGCACAAUUGUGAGAUGCAGGCACUUUACUUGAGUAUUGUCAUUUUGUUAGCUUCUACUACCUAUUUCAUUGGAAAACAUUACGCCUGUUGGUGGUCCACAUUUGCUAAUCACUUUGCAGAUUUCGCAUACGCUGAAAUGUUGACUUUAAUUAAAUGUAUUAUGUCAACAAAUUUCACAUAACUGUAUUAGGUUAGUUGAAAGCAAUGACAUUAAGUUGAAUCUAAUAUUUAACUAAUACAGUUAUGUGUGAUCUGUUGACAGAAUAUUUCAUUAAACUCAACAUUUCAGGUUUUUAAGUGUGUGAACCACUUGCAACAUUUGAUCAGUAAUCUGUGAUUAAACAUAGGGAGGGAUCAUUCUUCAAAAUGAGGUCUUCUACUUUAUUUAAAAGGAAAAUGUUGAUCUAAUAUCAUUCCCUGAGGUAUUUGAAUUGUCUCUCCACCUACAUGUUGCCAUCCUGUUGCAGCAGGAUACUGCCUUUCCACAUGAUUUCAUUCAUUCUUAUAAUUGUUUUACUUUCAACUACCACAUAAAGAAUUGGAUCAGUAACAGAAGAAAGAAAUACAAGUGCCUUUGGCUUAACGAAUGUGGAUUAUCUGAGGAAAUGCCAUCCUAAAAACAAGUGCCACUUGAUAUCAGAUCCCAGUACAGUGUCCAUGUGGGUUCCACAGACUACUCUUACAUUGAGGUUAGAAAUACCAAAGACGGUUUUCCUCGUGUGUUCUGUUCAUUCAAUGCUCCACACAAGUUUGUUUUUCAGGUUUUUUUGUCGUGAAAACAGAAAUUGAGGUUGAGUUUCGAUGGUUGAGAUUUCUGCUGAUGUAUUUAUUGCUGAAUAAAAGUAUGAUGCUUCUUA